UCUCUGUCGCCGACGGUAGUAAUCAAAUGGCUGUCCCCAACUGCUAGGGUUUCGGAGGAAACCCUAGAAGGAUGCCGCUCUUCUUUCUCUCGAUCCGAUCUUCCCGACCUCCGAUGAACACCCCGACCUCCAUGGAUCUCGCGCUGAAAGCCUCGUUUCUCGGUCGACCAGCAAGAUUCGGAUACGGCCACCACAAAGCUUCGCUUUUGACUGAAUUCAAUCGGAGUCGUAGAGUCCCUGGUCGGAUCUCCGCCAGAACUCUGUCGCCGCGUUUCCCUUCGCUAUCAGUUCAAGGAUGCGAUAGUUCGUACUUGCCCAGUAUUUUGAGUGCCGAGGCUUGUUCGAAGAAUGAUGCACGCGAGGUGUUUGCUAUCGAUCAGAAGGCGAGACGCAUAAUCGGUUUUGUUGUGGCUGCGAUCGCCUGCGGGCUGUUUGUGGUGAGGUGCCAAAGUGUUCUGGCUGCGGAAGGUGUUGCGGGUGCUGGGGUUGGGGUUUUGAGAUCGGGGCGAACGAUUGUUGGUGGUUUGUGGCCGAAACUGCUGCAGAUUCUUCAAGUGUUUAAAGAGCAGGGCUUGAUUUUGGCGGUGCUGUUGGGUCUCUCUGCAUUCUUUUCCAUGGCAGAGACCUCGAUCACUACACUGUGGCCGUGGAAGGUUCGUGAGUUAGCUGAAAAAGAGCCUGAGAGUGGUGUCUUCAGAAUGCUUUGCAGUGAUGUUACUCGUUUCCUGACCACCAUUCUUAUUGGCACAACUGUGGUCAAUAUUGGUGCAACUGCACUUGUGACAGAAGCAGCAACAGCAAUUUUUGGUGAAGCUGGUGUUACUGCAGCGACAGGAGUUAUGACUGUCGCUAUUUUGCUACUUACAGAAAUCACUCCAAAAAGUGUGGCUGUUCAUAAUGCCACAGAGGUUGCUAGGUUUGUUGUAAGGCCGGUUGCAUGGCUUUCCUUGGUCUUGUAUCCAGUUGGAAGAGUUGUCACUUUUCUGUCAAUGGGAAUGCUGAAGUUGCUAGGUCUGAAAGGUAGAAGUGAACCAUAUGUCACUGAAGAUGAAUUAAAAUUAAUGUUACGAGGAGCCGAGCUAAGUGGGGCAAUAGAGGAAGAAGAACAGGAUAUGAUUGAAAAUGUGCUAGAGAUAAAAGACACCCAUGUCAGGGAGGUGAUGACACCAUUGGUAGAUGUAGUUGCAAUUGACUCUAGCGCAACACUUACUGAUUUUCAAAAAUUAUGGGAGUCUCAUCAAUACUCUAGGGUACCUGUGUUUCAGGAGCGUAUUGAUAAUAUUGUGGGAAUUGCAUAUGCAAUGGACAUGAUAGAAUUUGUUGAAAAGGUUGAGAAGUUAAAAGAAAUCACUGUGAGAGAGAUUGCACACGUGCCCACAUACUUUGUACCUGAUUCUAUGUCUGUGUGGAACUUGCUGAGAGAGUUUCGCAUAAGGCAGGUUCACAUGGCUGUGGUCCUGAAUGAAUAUGGAGGAACUAUUGGUAUUGUAACAUUGGAGGAUGUUGUUGAAGAAAUUGUUGGUGAAAUUUUUGAUGAAAAUGAUUCAAAGGAGGAGAUCACGAAGAAAACUGGUUAUAUAGUGAUGCGAGAGGAUGGAACAUUUGAUGUAGAUGCAAAUACAUCAAUUGAUCAGCUUUCUGAAGAGCUGAAUGUCAAAAUACCUGAGGGUCAUCAGUAUGAGACUGUAUCGGGUUUCGUUUGUGAGUCAUUCGGAUAUAUACCAGAAGAAGGUAGGAAUACAGUUGUGGUACUUGAGAAGGCAAACAAAGAAGAGAACAGUGAAUACAGUGACACAACAUCUGAUCACCAAAAUGAGAAGGAAAAACAUCAAACAUUUGAACUUGAGAUAUUGGAAGCAAAUGCUAGAAAGGUUGGUAAAGUCCGCUUCAAACCAAUAAACAGUGAAUAUGUAGAUAUGGAGAAUGAAGGCACGAAUUGUUUGGUUCCCACCAAAGUCAUGAAACAGAAGAACCAGAAUGGUUUUGAACCAGAACUGAGCAACCAUGGAGACAGUGAGACGGAUAGAAGCAACAACCAUGGAGAAAUAACAGAACAACCGGAACAUGGAUACUCUAAUGAGGUCAUAAUUGUCCACGACUCGUUGAAAGAGUCCCGCAGCUAUGCUGUUGAUAAGAAAGCAAAUGAUCAUGAUUGUAAUACCCAACAAUAAUUUCAUUGCACCUCAAACAUUAUCAGUUCUUACAGCAGAGAGAGGAAAAGAAAUUAAAAUGAAAAAUUAAAAAGAA